AUGCUCUCUGUCCCAGCGUCGCUGCGCACGCGACGGCCAACCAACCGAAGCCUUGGGGGCGUGCUAGUCCUGCAGGCGCAGCCGAAGCGGUUGCUUAGACGAGGAGUUGGCGCCAUGUUAGGCCGGCAGGUGGAGGCGGUGCUGCUGCUCUGGCUGAGCUGCUGUGUCUUGGCUGUGUGGAGAUCACCCAAGACAUUGCUAUACUGUAAAACGCCUGGUAAUCACAAGAUAAGCCCAAUCAACAUCAACGACAUUAUUACCAUAUGGGUAUAUGAUCCAGAAAAUGCCAGCCCUGAGGAGCUGCAGUGGACUGCAAAGGAACCAUCAGUGAAUUCCAUGGUACUAACCAAGCAGAUGAACACCCUGGGACAGUAUCCUGCCAUAUACACACUUGAGAAGGGGCUGAAGUACGACCCAGGUCCCUUAACUCCAGACGGAACCUGGAUCAUUCAUCUACCAAUGACCUCAGAUGAUAUAAUCAAACAGAUAAGAGGUAACAAAGUGUCGUUCCAGGACUGCUUCAUUGCAUCCCUCCAGUUCCUGCUGACAUUUCCCAUGAGCGUCAUUUCUGAUCCUCCUGAGUACGAGCCGCUCACCCUGCCAGCCGGAAGCCCGCUGCUGGUCAGCUGGCACACCUGCAUCCCCACAUACGUCCUCUUGGCCACCGAACAUGAGACCUUCCAGACGAACAAUUCCUUUCAAACCUGGACGAAAGUAAGAGCCCCUCCAGGUGUCCUGACUGAAGCUCAAAGGCACAGUCUGAGGGAUGUGAUCCUAUUGGACCAAAGAAUUCUGUUUCUCGUAGAAGGUACCAUUUACCUAAAAACAAAGGAUACAUUUAUAAUAAUAGACGAAAACAAUGGUAUUGCUGGAACUGGAAUCCUUGGCUUUUCAAGAAGAAGAUGGUGUCAGAUUAGGUAUUUAUACAAGCUUGCAUCAAAAAAAAGCUUAUUGUUUGCUUGGUCAAAAGAUGUAGUUUACGCUGGAUAUACUAAUCUUAGAUUUCUGGUAUUCACGACUAUUUCAAAGCUAAAAGAUGUUCUAAAGCUUCCCCCCGGUGACACCCUGGAAAUAAUGACUGUUGAGUACUUGUGGCACCCGCGGGAGGUCGCUUUUAUGCUGUCCCACUGCACAGACUGCUCGACUAUCAAGGACGUUCGCAUAGUGCUGUUUAAUUCAAUGUAUUCUAAAUACGUGCUCCAGGACUUUGACAUACAAGUGGCCAAGGAGACCAAGUUAGACUGUCGCUUUCUUUUAUCAGCCAUGCCGGAUAUGAUCCUGUGGGAUGGAUACAGCACUUACUAUAGCCACAAUAAUUUCACCGAAGUUGGAAUUAUUGAGACAGACUCAGGAAACACCAAUUUGUCAUUGAUAUCAGAGGGCAGCAAAGUCCACAACGUCGUUGCAGAUACUACUGGAAAUAUUUUGGUAAAAAUGGAAAAUAAUGAUUUGUUCUACAUCAAGGAUGGCAUUGCAGAAAUAGUUCCGCUAUCGAGGUGGGUAAACACGACAGCAGAGACGGCACUUGUGCUUGACAAAUCUUUUCAAGUAAAUAUAUUACACUAUAAUCAAAAUCUCGACGAGAAGUACCAGUUACGUCUACAGUCAUAUCCGUUGGUUCUGGAGCUACAAAGUAAAAAUAAAGGUUUGGAAGACAUGUGCCCAUAUCUGACAUUUCAACACGACGUUCACAGUCAGUUUUACCAUUUAGACAAAGGAGAUAGCCUGACAGUUUGGACUCAAAUAGUCUACCCAGAAAAUCGGGGUCUCAAUACUCUCGUGGAUUACUAUGGAUCAAAUAUAUUAACCUGGACUCAAAACACUGAGUACGAGAUUGCAUCAGGAUUCUGUACUAAAAGUACGAUAACAAGGUUUUUUCAGACAACCAAUUAUGAAUCAGUAAGGAAUUACUAUGAUUUAGAAAAAAACAACACAGGUCUCACACUUAUAAAGAUACGACCUAGUGAAUAUACAAGAACAUGUCCAACAGUCAUACCGGUGUUCGAAAUUAGUGUUGGCUGCGACCCCACUAAAUACAUUCAAGUACAAGGAUUUAAUAAUACCAGAUGUCAUCGUCGUGACUUUUCUUAUGUGAUUGACAAGGAACUUCUGAGGGAUAGCCCACGUGAAAAUUUGAAAGUAAGGUAUGAAGUAGCAAAAUAUGGCUGCCCACGAACAGUUGAUAUGGAAGAAAUGUUUCACCCUGUAGUAGAAUUGUAUGAUGAAAAUGGAUUUAUUAAAAUAGUGGAUGCAAAUUUUAUCUUGUGGGAAGUCCACGGCAGGAAUGACUACAUCUAUAAUUCUACUAUGCAGCAGAAUGGUUGUAUAAAUGAAGCACAGACAUGGGACAUUAUGAUAGAGGAAAACCCAGGCGUCCCAAUGGAAGACAUCUGGGGGCCUCAGAACUAUAGGCCUUGUUUUUCUUAUGCUAUUGGGAAGCCAGGAGACCUAAGUCAACCAUACGAGAUUAUAAACUAUUCUAAUAAAAACGCCUUAAAAUGGUCCUCAUCAUAUGCCGCAAUGUAUGUGUAUCGCUUGAAGAUCUUGGAUCCAAACUAUAGCUUCUGUAACCUAACAACGUAUUUUGCGAUUGAGAGCUUAGGACAGAUUCCCAGAUCAAGUAUCUACCUGGUAGCUGCCUUGGUAUUUGUCCUGAUGCUCACAUUCAUCAGUGUUCUAGUUCUGAGCUACUUCUGGUACUCGAAGAUUUAUAGGCAGUUUAUUAUUGAACCACUUCACAAGCCUCCUGGAAAACAGAAGAAGAAUUAGGAAACCUGAGAGUCGACUCUGGAUACAUAUAUGUAGAUAGAUAGUAGUAUGCAUAUAUGUAAUUAUAUUAAGAAUUUACAUUUGCCUAAUAAGCUCAUGCUAUUAUUUUAUUCAAUAUCUGAAAAAAUAUAGUUAAAUUACUUCUACUAAUAGCAUACAUCACAUUACUGUUAUUCCAUUUUAAUGAUACCAUAGAUACUGUCACAUUGCAUU